AUGAGGGCUAAGGUUGCUGAUUUUGGAUUGGUCAAGAAUGCUCUCGAUGGGAAAUAUUCUGUUGAGACAUGGCUGGCUGGAACGUUUGACUAUCUGGCUCCUGAAUAUGCUGCUACUGGACAAGUCACGACUAAGGUAGACGUGUAUGCAUUUGGAGUUGUUCUAAUGGAGAUCCUAACUGGUAGAAAAGCAUUAGACGAGACCUUGCCAGAUGAGAGGUCCCAUUUGAUCUCUUGGCUUCGCAGGGCCGUUGAUAUGGGACAUGUCGUUAUUGUACUUGCCCUCCUCAUAGACCUAUGGAAGCCUACGAGAAAUGAAGACGAAGACAGUGGCAUCGACCUCCGUAUGAACCUUCCUCAAAUCCUUCAAAGAUGGCAAGCUGAUGAAGGAGCUUCAAGAAUGUUCGACGACUUCUCCUACACUCAAACAUAG